CGAAGAUCUAUUCCGUUUCACUAGAAUUGACUAAGUUUGACGAGACGAAUCCAAAACUGUGCUUGUCGCUCGAAUUAAGGCCAGAGUUACUCUUCAAGGGGUUUCUGCGGUGUUUCCUAACUGUUUCCCGUUCAAAUUCGACUCAGAAUGAGCUACUAGUCCAACCUUUCUUCAUUCAAGACUUCCGAUACAGUCCAUCCAUUCGCCAUGGCCGCCGAAGUCCUCCCCCUCCAACCCAUCACUGCCCCCGCCGGCCCCGAACCCCUCACCCCCGACCAACGCUACUGGUCCUCCUUCCGCAACCCCAUCUCCGUCCCCUCUGCCUCCUCCGCCCCCGUCACCAGCAUCACCGUCCCCCACUGGAGCCCCGUCCUCCCCUCCGCCUCCCGCACCGCCAACCCCCUCUUCGCCGUCACCACCGCGCCCCGCAUUCACCUCUUCGCUACCCCCCACCAACCCUCCCGCACCAUCGCGCGCGUCGCCCCCGGUGCCUCCUUCCACAGCGCGCACGUCCGCCCGACCGACUCCCGCCUCGUCGUCGCCGGCACCUCCAGCGCCCUCCUGCAGGUCUUCGACACCACAUCGCGCGCGAUCCUGCGUACGUGGAAGGAACACAAGCAGGCGGUGCGCGUGGCGCGAUGGCAUCCGCGCAGCGCGACGACAUUGCUGAGCGCCGGCGAUGAUGGGACGGUGAGGAUCUGGGAUCUGAGCGAGGAGAGUAGUGUGGGGACGUGGGGGACGCAGGGGGGUGAGUAUGUGCGGGCGGCGGAGUGGUUAAGGGCGGAUGAAGGGGGCACACCGGGGACGGAGAGUCAGAAUACGUGGGUCACGGGGGGUUAUGACUCGGUGGUGAGAGUGUGGGAUCAGAGAGUAGGAGGAGGCGCAGGGAAUCGUGGGGCGGUUAUGGCGUUUAAGAUGUCGGAUCCUGUCGAGUCAGUCAUGCCACUGCCCGGGUCGACGCAAGUGGUUGCGGCUGCCGGAAGCAAAAUUGCAGUGCUCGACCUUGUCGCGGCCAAGCCGGUCACGCUCCUGAAGAACCAUCAACGAACGGUAGUGAGCUUAGGGUCAGCGAGUCGAGGCACACGGAUCCUAAGCGGUGCAUUGGACGGACACGUCAAAGUGUUCGAGUCGACACAGUGGAAUGUCGUUGCCGGGUUCAAAUACCCGGCCCCGGUGCUGUCUGUCGGCGUGGUGCCGGCCAGCAAUGGCGAAGACCAUCAUCUGGCGGUCGGGCUCCAGUCCGGGCUGCUGUCCAUCCGCACGCGUACCGCGGGCAAAGAAAAGGCGCGCGAGAAGGAGAAGAAGCGGGAAAUGGAGGCGUUGGCGGCCGGUACGAUCGAGGAGUACGACCGCAAGAAGCAGAAGCAGGCGCGGACGCGCGGGUGGGAGGCGAGGAUACGCGGGAAGGAUUAUAAGGGCGAGGAUGCGGAUCUGGUCAUCGAGGGCAACGUGCGGUCGAAGCAGAAGAAGUUGCCGGAGUGGGAGGGAUUUCUGCGGAGUGGCGAGUUCGCAAAGGCGCUUGACGUGGUGCUAGAACCCAAGAACCCAUCCAAAACCGACUCCCUCACCCUCUUCACCGCUCUCCGCCACCGAUCGGCACUCCGCAGCGCGCUCGCCAACCGGGACGAAGUGACGUUACAGCCUAUACUACGCUGGUUGAACCGAGCGAUCAACGACCCCCGACACGUGAAGCUGACCACGGACAUCGCGCUGGUCAUGCUGGACGAAUACGCGCAGCACAUGGGGCAGAGCGAGGAGAUCGACGCGAUGUUGAUGGCACUGUACGAGGGGGUCCGGAAGAACGUGGAGUUGGCGCAGCAGGCAUGGGCGACGAAGGGGAUGUUGGAUCUUUUGGGGUCGGGGCAAUGAGGUUGGGGGGUAAUGGAAUUCACCGCCAUAUGUGCAUCAUAGCGAGGCGUCGGGUCAUUGUCUAAGGGUCAACACAUCAGGCUAUAUCAUGUUUGCUCGUUUAGAGUUGGAUGAUUCCGAUUUCAAAGUCGACUCAGAUCGAGUUGGAGUCUUAUAUGAUAGACAAAGAAUUUGGAUGAACCAAUGCUGCAUUGAUGCAUCACUUUCAGUCAUGACUCGAUCUGAGGCUCAUCUGAUUUAUCUAAGCCGGGUCAACGCAGACGGCGUUUCCUAACCAUGAAUCGGCUCUGGGAGAAUCCCAAAGUCCUAAACGCCAUUGCCGACGUUGAAAUAGCCUCACAAUGGAUCGCCUUCAAACA